GGAGCGCCUGUGGCUGGGUCAGCGCUGCGCGGGCACGCCUCCCUCCCCCGCAUCUGACUCGAGCUCCAACGCACAGCCUCGCACCUCAGGACCCAGCUCCACCAUUUCCCUGCUGUCACUCCCUCAUCUUCCCUCCAAGCUCCCUCUCCCUAAAAAUCUCUUGGGCCUUUUCCACUUUCUAAUCUCCAGACUGCGAGGAUCACGACUACUCCCCCAUUUAACCUCGGUGCAGAGCACAGCGGCGCAGCCCUGCGCCCUGACUGAACAUACACACACGCACGAGCACUGGCAUACGCAGACAGCACGUUUCCUGUCCCUGUGUGACACCCACCCUCGUCGCACGGCUGCUCCAGCCCUCGCGCGGUGCCCUCCUCCCGCCACACACACUCGCACACGCACGCACGCGCGUGCAGGGUCGAGCCGAAGGCAGCUUGCCCGCAGCCACUCGGAGGCGACCGGCGCCAGUCUAGCAGAACCCAUGGCAUCUCCGGGCUCCAGCUUUUGGUCCUUCGGAUCUGAAGAUGGCUCUGGGGAUCCCGAGAACCCGGGCACAGCAAGAGCCUGGUGUCAGGUGGCCCAAAAGUUCACGGGCGGCAUCGGAAACAAGCUGUGCGCUCUGCUCUAUGGAGACUCCGAGAAGCCAGCGGAGAGCGGCGGGAGCGUGACCCCGAGGGCCGCCACCCGGAAGGUCGCCUGCACCUGUGACCAAAAACCCUGCAGCUGCCCCAAAGGGGACGUCAACUACGCGUUUCUGCACGCAACAGAUCUGCUGCCGGCGAGUGAUGGAGAAAGGCCUACUCUGGCGUUUCUGCAAGAUGUUAUGAACAUUUUGCUUCAGUAUGUGGUGAAAAGUUUCGAUAGAUCAACUAAAGUGAUUGAUUUCCAUUACCCCAACGAGCUUCUUCAGGAGUAUAAUUGGGAAUUGGCAGACCAACCGCAAAAUCUGGAGGAAAUUUUGACGCAUUGCCAAACAACUCUAAAAUAUGCAAUUAAAACAGGGCAUCCCCGAUAUUUUAAUCAGCUGUCUACUGGAUUGGAUAUGGUUGGAUUAGCAGCAGACUGGUUGACGUCAACAGCAAACACUAACAUGUUCACCUAUGAGAUUGCACCUGUGUUUGUGCUGCUAGAAUACGUUACCCUAAAGAAGAUGAGGGAGCUCAUUGGCUGGCCAGGGGGCUCUGGGGAUGGAAUCUUCUCUCCUGGUGGCGCCAUCUCCAACAUGUACGCCAUGCUCAUUGCCCGCUAUAAGAUGUUUCCAGAAGUCAAGGAGAAGGGGAUGGCGGCAGUGCCCAGGCUCAUCGCGUUCACAUCUGAGCAUAGUCACUUUUCUCUCAAGAAGGGAGCUGCAGCCUUAGGGAUCGGAACAGACAGCGUGAUUCUGAUUAAAUGUGAUGAGAGAGGGAAAAUGAUCCCAUCUGAUCUUGAAAGAAGAAUCCUUGAAGUCAAACAGAAAGGAUUUGUUCCUUUCCUGGUGAGUGCCACAGCCGGAACCACUGUGUAUGGGGCUUUUGAUCCUCUCUUGGCUGUGGCUGACAUCUGCAAAAAGUAUAAGAUCUGGAUGCAUGUGGAUGCUGCUUGGGGUGGAGGGUUACUGAUGUCCCGGAAACACAAGUGGAAGCUGAGCGGUGUGGAGAGGGCCAACUCUGUGACAUGGAAUCCCCACAAGAUGAUGGGUGUCCCCUUGCAAUGUUCGGCUCUCCUGGUUAGAGAGGAGGGACUGAUGCAGAGCUGCAACCAGAUGCAUGCUUCCUACCUCUUUCAACAAGAUAAGCACUAUGACCUGUCCUAUGACACAGGAGACAAGGCCUUGCAGUGUGGACGCCACGUCGAUGUCUUUAAAUUAUGGCUCAUGUGGAGAGCAAAGGGGACUACUGGAUUUGAAGCACAUAUUGAUAAGUGUUUGGAGCUGGCAGAGUAUUUGUACAACAUCAUAAAAAACCGAGAAGGAUAUGAAAUGGUGUUUGACGGGAAGCCUCAGCACACAAAUGUCUGCUUCUGGUUUGUACCUCCUAGCUUGCGCUUUCUGGAAGACAAUGAAGAGAGAAUGAGCCGCCUCUCAAAGGUGGCGCCAGUGAUUAAAGCCCGAAUGAUGGAGUCUGGGACCACAAUGGUCAGCUACCAACCCUUAGGAGACAAGGUCAACUUCUUCCGCAUGGUCAUAUCAAACCCUGCAGCAACUCACCAAGACAUUGACUUCCUCAUUGAAGAAAUUGAACGCCUGGGCCAAGAUUUGUAAUCACCUCUCUCAUCAAACGGUUUCAGUUCUCUAGGUAGACAGCUAAGUUGUCACAAACUGUGUAAAUGUAUUUGUAGUUUGUUCCAGAGUAAUUCUAUUUCUAUAUUGUGGUGUCACAGUAGAGUAUAGUUAAAAAAAAAUCAAAAUCAACAGGAAACAUCGCUCCUUUCAAAAAUCCUUUCUUAAGUUUAGAAUACCUCUCUAAUAAUUAGUAACAAAAGGCUAUGUUCUAAUCAGUAAGAGAAAGUAUAAAGUUGUUAUAAAUGCUUCCCUUUUAAUAUAGUAUGCUAACCCAACCUUAUUUUCACUUCAGAGCAGUAGUACUGAAUAGUGCCAAAUCACCCUUGAAUCGUAAAGGUUCUCGGGGGUGCAGUGAAAAGGUCAAAGUAAAUAUAAAAUGUAUGCGGACAAGAAAAGCUCUUGCCUUUUUCAUAGUAUUAGGAAAAGAAUUUAUAAUUUACCUACAGCAACAUUUCAAAUGUAUUUAAAUACAUAUAAUUUUACAAAAAGAAAAGUAUAUAUUAAAAGAAAUCCUAUUUUGUAACAUAUAGAUUUUAUUUUAUAUGGGUUAUACAAACUGCAGGGGCAGAUAUCAAACCUAAGCCAGAUUUAUUUCUUUAUUUUUUUUUCUCUCUAUCUUUCUUUUCAUGGAGGCAAAAUAAAACACUUUAGCAAGGUAAUUUUAACAUAGAACCCACAAAAUUCUUUUAAAAUGUAGUAACUUACUUUAGUAUAUAUUGUGGCUUAUCAUAUCCCUAAAGAUAGUAUUUCAAAACAAACACACACGAAAAGAAACUUCUAAAACCAAUUGAUCAGAUUAACAAUUAAGAUUCUCUUCCUGUUUAGGCAUUGCACUAGUUGGCCCUAGCAGACCCAGGCUAUAAGCCUGGCAAGCCCAGCUUGGACCCAGAUCCUGGCAAGCAUGUCUACUUUGCUUCCAGUGUAGCCUGCUUUCAACAAAGGUUGAUAUUAGUUCUUGAAGUGUCUUUUCAAACCAUAUUCUUUUAUUAGAUCAUUUGGAUUAAUUAGGGGGAAAAAAGCUAAAAAUAAAACCUAAUCAGCCCUAGCAAAGAGGGGUGCAGCACAUUCCUUAAGUGUGACGAGCUCAGAAUAUUAAACCCAGCUAUGGGAGAUGUGACCUCUGUGUGACAAUAAUGGCUUCCUCCCAAAUGCCAUUUUGCUAUUGUCUGGGGGAAAGGGUUGUUUGCAUCCCGGAUGCUCUCUUCUUCAAAGUCCUUCUUCAGCCUUCACUUUGAAAUCUCUCCUACUAGACCCUCUGCCCCCAGACACCCAGUAAUGAGUUACUAUCCCAAGUGGCUCUUUUCCUUCCCUGAAAUGAGUUCCUCCUGCAAACAGCUUCAAGAUAGCCUAAGAACUUUUAUCCACCUCUCAUCAAGACCCACAGCGACUAGAAUGUGCAGAGAUUGCUAAAAUUCAAAAUAACAGUUUGAAAAUAAGUUUCUUUCCCUGUAAACUGGAUGGAGAGCUAUCCACAACUCCGGUGAUAACUUUAAGUCACGAAUGAACAGAUCUAAGUGCUGGUAGAACUAUGGCCUUCUCCAUGCAAAAGGCAGGUAUGGGUCUGGAAGCAUUCUCCUACUCCAUAAGGAUAGGCAUUUUGAUACUCAGAAAGAUACGGGAACAGAAGAAAGAAGGCCCUGUCCUUACCUACCACAAAUCUUCAUGACUUUUCCCCAGACCUUAUUUGACCAGACAUUCUGAUCCUCGGUAUGAAUGUUGCUUCGGGCCCUUGCUGUCUAGACAGCCAAUGGAUUCCCUGAAGCAUGAAAAAGAAUUCCCUGUACACCAGAGUCUUAUGAAGCAGUAGCCCUCCACUUUCAGUACCCCCUAAUGGGCAAGCACAACUUUCCUUUCUAGAACCUGGCUAACGAGAGUAAACAUUCAGCUGUCCAUCCAUCUUGAGCCUCAGGCCCACAGAUCUCACUUCCCAGACAGAGACUCACUUAUCAAACCCGCUGUCCCACUUAGAGAAGGCAGUAGGGCCUAGUGUCCUGAUAGAUGGAAAAGCUUAGCCCUUGGGGGACAGACUUGGUAGUUCAAGCUGGCUUCUAGUUUGAUGAGAUGACAGAAUUGAAAAAGGAAGUGUCCAUAUACUUUUUGCUAGUGAAUCAGAUCUCCAACUCACCUCUCCAGAUUCUAGGAGCCUUGCUCAGGCAUGGAAAUCUCUUCAUAGUGUAUUCUACAAAAGGAGGUACAUGCAUGCCUAAUAGGUCCCAGUGCUUAAAUAGAUUCUCUCCAGUGGCUCUGCCAUCCACUCAAGAGAGCACUAAGGAGGAUGGGAAGAAAGAGUAAUAUUGAACAUUGGUCCAAAUCCCCAGUGCCAAAGGUCUCUAUCUGUGAUCUUUUUUUCUUUUUUUUUUUUCAUUUUAAAACAUUGGUUUUAGCUUUAAUCAGAAUUGAUAUGGCCAUUUUUAUUUAUACAGCAAUAUUUCAUUUAUUAUUUAAAAUACUUGAAAAAAGUACAGUAUGUGUUUAUCUAAGACUUCUAAGUGGUAUAGACUUCAUGUACUGUCAUAGGAUUUGAGGAAAGAAAAUUGUGUGUGUGUGUGUGUGUGUGUGUGUGUGUGUGUGUGUGUGUGUUGCCGUUAGUACAUUGUUAGGACUGUCUUGUCACCUCAGAUUGAGGUUGUGCACUUUAUAUUGAACUGUGUGGUGUUGCAAAUCAACAUGUGUUGCUGUGAAGCUUGCACAGUGUAUUAUCAGUGUGAAUUCUAUUAUGUGGUAGCUGCAUUGAACUUUGAACUUUGAGAUUAUGAGAACUACAUUUGCAUCUGUUCCUGUCCUUGCCUCUCUUCUCCCUCACCCUCUCACCCGGUCCCAAGCUGUGUGCCCUCUCCAUCGGCUCUUAGAGAAAACAUAAUCUCAACUAAGCCCCAUCCUAAGAAAUCUCUUUGAGAACUGUGUGAUCACACACAAAAUGCUUCAUCUCUGAGACCAGAGAAACCAAUUAUGGAGUGUCACAGGCGGCUGACAGGGUAGGUGUUGACUCUGCAGGGUCUUGGAGUAGGUGCUGCUCCUCAGAAUAUGGACAAAGGAUGCACAGGUGUAAAUAUAGUAACAGGACAAAGAAGCAAAAACAUCAAACCAGGUAUCAUCUUGCACGUGCUUUUCUGUUUUCAAGUGCUAAAUGCAAACACUGUGUAUUAAUUAGUUGUGUGUGCCAAGAUCUUGUUGCCAAAUGAUGUUUCUGAAUAAUGUCAACAUUUCCCCAGCACCCCUCCAUUAACUAAAGACAGAAAAAAAAAUACAAACGUGGCAACCUGUUCUUCCUACCAAAUAUAAACUUGUGUAUGAUCAAAGUAUUUUACCUGUGUUUUCUCUCUAAACCCAAAUAAAUGUGUAAAUGUGCACAGGU